AUGGUAAAACGCUGCUCUGAAUGUCGAACUCUUCUUCCUGUCAAUCCCAAAGAACCUCUGCAGCAACCACCUCUGCCCACACGACCUUGGGACAAACUAGGCGUUGACCUUUAUAGUCUUAAUGACCGAGAACACCUUAUUGUCACGGACUAUUUCUCCUCAUUCACUGAAGUUUAUGAUCUUGGUAAAGACGCAACAGCACCAGCGUUGAUCAAAGAACUCACGCAAUUGUUCUCUCGAUUUGGUCAACCUGUUGAAGUCGUAUCAGACGGUGGUUCCCAGUUUACUUGCAAGGCCUUUGCAACGUUUGUUGAAAGUUGGACUUUUAUACACACUGUAUCUUCUCCUACUCACACUCAGUCAAAUGGCAAAGCCGAAGCCGCGGUAAAGAAUGUCAAGAAGCUCCUCAAAAAGUGUGGCUCUAUGAAUGACCAAUUUUGGAAAGGUUUGCUGGCAAUUCGAAAUACUCCACUCUUAUGUGGCAAGAGUCCUGCAGAAUUGCUGCUUGGCAGAACACUCCACGAUUCCCUCCCUCGUUAUCCUGGUCCAACAACGUUAGGUAAUGAGACGAACGCGAAAAUCCCUGAUAUCAAGAAGAAAGAGAAAGAUACCUAUGAUCAACAUACUACCCCAUUACCUCCUCUCCAGACUGGUACACGUGUAGCUAUUCGUUCCCGCGUCGAUUCCGAUUGGUCACUACUUGGAACAAUUGCUGAAAUUAAACCGAAUCGCACCUACAUAGUAUUAACCGACCAAGGAUCGACAUUCACCCGUAAUCGAAGAUAUCUAAGACCUGCACCUUCCCCUGCUGGUAACAAUACGUCUCAAGCUAAUGACGAACAGAACCCAACCCCAACGACUAAUCCAAUGAGAGGAAGGCAUGUGGGACUACGCGAUCCAUAUAAUUUAAGAAAGAGAUGCCCUAAAAACUGA